UUCCCUUGCGCUGUGGGCAACGAGGAUCCUGCAAAAGCCAGCUUGGUGUCGCUUCCGGCGGGGGCAGUGGGGGAGCCGGAAGUGGUCGUCCUCGGCAACCGAGUGGCCGUGGCCAUGGCGUCGGGCGGCUCCCCGACAGACCGGCUCCCUCCGCCCUUCCCCGGCGCGGAGGUGGCCAGCGCCCCCUCGGCGGAAAGCGACUCGGAUGGGGAGGACAUUUUCACCGGCAGUGCUAGUAAACCGAUGUCUCUGAAGAAGGAGCCCGCCGAACCAGUAAGAAACGGUUCCACAACUAACGGUGUCCACGAAGACCAAGACGAUCAGGAUUUAUUUGCAGAUGCCACCGUGGAGCUGUCUCUGGAUAGCACACAGAACAACCAGAAGAAGGAGACGACUCCUGUGUUUAGCCCUACCCCUUCUCUAGAGAGAACAGCCAAUUCGUCUUCCGAACACCAGCCCCAAACCUAUGAGGAGCUGGAAGAAGAAGAGCAAGAAGACCAGUUUGAGCUCACAGUGGGAGUGAGCGAUCCAGAGAAAAUUGGGGACGGCAUGAAUGCCUACGUAGCCUACAAGGUAUCUACACAGACCACUUUGCCCAUGUUCAGGAGCAAGCAGUUCUCAGUGAAAAGGAGAUUCAGCGACUUCUUGGGCUUGUAUGAGAAGCUGUCGGAGAAACACGCACAGAACGGUUUCAUUGUUCCCCCGCCUCCCGAGAAGAGCUUGAUAGGAAUGACCAAAGUCAAAGUUGGGAAAGAAGACUCCUCCUCCACAGAGUUCUUAGAAAAAAGACGAGCUGCUUUAGAAAGGUAUCUUCAAAGAACCGUCAGUCACCCGACUAUGCUACAGGACCCAGACGUCCGCGAAUUCUUGGAAAAAGAGGAGCUCCCCCGAGCGAUCAGCACCCAGACGCUAAGUGGAGCUGGCCUGCUGAAGAUGUUCAACAGAGCCACCGAUGCGGUCAGCAAGAUGACCAUCAAGAUGAAUGAAUCCGACAUCUGGUUCGAAGAGAAGCUGCAGGAGGUGGAGUGUGAGGAGCAGCGCCUGCGGAAACUACACGCUGCUGUAGAGCUGCUGGUGAACCACAGGAAAGAGCUGUCGGUGAAUACAGCCCAGUUUGCCAAGAGCCUGGCCAUGCUGGGGAGUUCCGAGGACAACACGGCCCUGUCCCGGGCGCUCUCCCAGCUGGCGGAGGUGGAGGAGAAGAUCGAGCAGCUGCAUCAAGAGCAAGCCAACAACGACUUCUUCCUCCUGGCCGAGCUGCUGAGCGACUACAUCCGCCUCCUCUCGGUCGUCAGGGGUGCCUUUGACCAGCGAAUGAAGGCCUGGCAGCGCUGGCAGGACGCCCAGAUCACGCUGCAGAAGAAACGGGAAGCGGAGGCCAGGCUGCUGUGGGCCAACAAACCCGACAAGCUUCAGCAGGCCAAGGAGGAGAUCUCAGAGUGGGAAUCGCGAGUGACACAGUACGAACGAGAGUUUGAGCGGAUCUCAGCUGUUCUCCGAAAAGAGGUGUUGCGGUUUGAGAGAGAAAAAACAAAGGACUUCCGGACCAACGUGACCAAGUACCUGGAGACCCUCUUGCAUUCGCAGCAACAGCUCGUCAAGUACUGGGAUGCGUUCCUGCCGGAGGCCAAGGCCAUCUCUUAACCAGGACCGAGCAAACGUCUUCCCACUCCGGACAAGACUGCCUUGACUACGUUACACCUCCUUGGCCUUUCAGAUGGAUCCCGCCCUCCUCAGAGCUGAUAGACUCAAUCCCUCCCCAAAGAGCGGCUUCCCCAACUAGUAACUCUUCUAACUGUAUAUUCCCCCCUCCCCCCCGUCUAGGUUCAUAUGCACACAACAUAUAAAUAUAUCUAUUUUCCUAUUUGAAGAGAAACUAGUUUUCCUGCUUUAAAAAAAGCCUUGAGGCCCUGCUGUAGGUAGCCAAGCUGAGGCAGGGGUCUGAAGUGUAUUUUUCUGACUUUGGUCCAGGGCCCAGGGAAAGCUUCCUGUGACCCCAGCCAUGCCAUAAAGAAUGUAUAAUAAAACUGCAGCAUCAGGG